AUGCAGCUUCAGAGCCACGAAAAUCCGGAUGAUGAGGUAGUUCUUCAAUGUACCACAACCAUUGUCAAAUCACAAAUUAAGCUCUGCCUUGCUGCUGAAGGAUUUGGAAAUCGACUCUGUUUCCUUGAAGCAACAUCAAAUGCGAAGAAUGUUCCUCCAGACCUUGCAAUCUGCAGCUUUGUCCUGGAGCAGUCACUCUCUGUACGAGCUCUGCAGGAAAUGCUGGCCAACACCGUUGAAAAGGGCAAUGAGCCUCUUGAUCUGGACAAAUGGUCUUCUCAGGGAGGAGGGCAUAGAACCCUUUUGUACGGUCAUGCUAUUCUUCUCCGACAUUCUCAUAGUGGCAUGUAUUUAUGUUGUUUGACAACCUCGAGAUCUUUAACAGAUAAAUUAUCCUUUGAUGUUGGACUGCAAGAAGAUGCGUCAGGGGAAGCUUGCUGGUGGACCAUUCAUCCAGCCUCGAAGCAGAGGUCUGAAGGUGAAAAAGUUCGUGUGGGUGAUGACCUCAUCCUCGUUAGUGUUUCCUCUGAGAGGUACCUGCAUUUAUCUUAUGCCAGUGGAGACUUGCAAGUGGAUGCAUCUUUCAUGCAGACUCUCUGGAACAUGAACCCUAUCUGUUCAGGCUGUGAACUCGCUGAAGGAUUCUUAACUGGAGGGCACGUUCUUCGCCUAUUCCAUGGCCAUAUGGAUGAAUGUCUUACUGUAGCGUCAUUUGAUCAGGGUGAAGAUCAACGCAGGUUUGUUCACUAUGAAGGUGGUGCAGUAUGUAGUCAUGCCAGGUCCUUAUGGCGAUUGGAGCCACUACGCAUCAGCUGGAGUGGCAGCCACAUGAAAUGGGGUCAACCGUUCCGUAUUCGUCACGUUACCACGGGCAGGUAUUUGGGCCUCGAUGAGGAGAAAGGGCUUCUGCUCUUCGAACAAGAGAAAUCAAACACCAAAAUCACUUCAUUUUGUUUCCGAAUCUCAAAGGAUAAAACUGAUACUAGUCAUAAAAGAGAUGUAGAAGGCAUGGGAAUUCCUGAGAUUAAAUAUGGCGAGUCGAUGUGCUUUGUCCAACAUGUGAACAGUGGACUUUGGCUGACCUACGCAGCAGCAGAUACCAAGACAGUUCGCUUGGGCCCCUUAAAGAGAAAAGCUAUACUACACCAAGAAGGCCACAUGGAUGAUGCGCUUUCGCUCUCGCGUUCCCAGCAAGAGGAAUCACAGGCUUCCCGAAUGAUUUACAGCACCAAUGGCCUCUUCCACCAAUUCAUUAAAGGUCUAGAUAUGCUAAGUGGAAAGAAUAGAUCUUCAGCUCCAGUGUCCUUACCCAUCGAUAUCAUCAUGCUGAGCCUUCAGGAUCUGAUCAGCUACUUCCAACAUCCAGAUGAGGAGCUUGCCCAUGAAGAGAAACAGACCAAAUUGCGCUCACUCAAAAACAGACAGAAUUUAUUCCAAGAAGAGGGCAUGAUCCAGCUGGUGUUGGAUUCCAUUGAUCGACUGAAUGUGUACAACAGCGCUGCUCAUUUCUCUGAGUUUGCAGGAGAAGAAGCAGCUGAAUCCUGGAAAGAAAUCGUUAACCUUCUUUAUGAGCUAUUAGCUUCUCUCAUCCGUGGAAAUCGUAGAAAUUGUGCUCUCUUUUCUGAUAACCUUGACUGGUUGGUCAGCAAACUGGAUCGUUUGGAAGCUUCUUCAGGUAUCCUGGAAGUCCUGUACUGUGUUUUGAUUGAAAGCCCGGAAGUUCUGAACAUCAUAACCGAAAGCCACAUCAAAUCAAUUAUAUCCCUGUUGGACAAACAUGGACGAAAUCAUAAGGUGCUGGAUGUAUUGCGCUCUCUCUGUGUCUGCAAUGGUGUGGCUGUACGAUCCAAUCAAAACCUCAUUACAGAGAACCUGCUUCCUGGCCGUGAUCUACUGCUCCAAACUAACAUGAUUAAUUAUGUCACCAGCAUGAGGCCAAAUAUUUUUGUGGGGACGUACGAAGGUUCUACACAAUACAAGAAGUGGUACUUUGAACUGAUUGUGGAUUACGUUGACCCAUUUGUGACACCGCAACCUACUCAUCUGCGAGUAGGUUGGGCAUUAACAGAGGGUUACAGCCCUUACCCAGGAGGAGGAGAGGGGUGGGGGAGCAAUGGAGUUGGAGAUGACUUGUAUUCCUAUGGUUUCGAUGGACUUCACUUGUGGUCAGGCCACGUGGUGAAGGCGGUUGCUUCACCAGACGCACACAUGCUUGCUGCCGAUGAUGUUAUUAGCUCCUGCCUUGAUUUGAGUGUGCCAAGUAUCUCUUUCCGGAUUAAUGGUCAUCCAGUGCAAGGCAUGUUUGAGAACUUCAAUCUGGACGGCCUCUUUUUCCCUGUGGUUAGCUUUUCAGCAGGAAUCAGGGUUCGAUUUUUACUGGGCGGAAGGCAUGGUGACUUCAAGUUCAUGCCUCCACCUGGUUACUCCCCUUGUUAUGAAGCUCUACUGCCAAAGGAAAGAAUGAGAAUAGAGCCAAUCAAAGAAUAUAAGCAUGAUUUUGAUGACACUCGAAACCUCCUGGGCCCUACACAAUCAUUGUCACAUACUGCAUUUGCACCAUCUCCUGUGGAUACAGCACAGAUUGUUCUACCACCUCAUCUGGAACGGAUACGAGAGAAGUUAGCAGAAAACAUCCAUGAACUUUGGGCUGUAACGAAGAUCGAGUUAGGCUGGACGUAUGGCACAAUCCGGGACGACAACAAGAAACUGCAUCCUUGUCUUGUGGAGUUUCAUAGGCUGCCUGAACCGGAGAGAAACUACAACCUACAGAUGUCCGGUGAAACUCUGAAGACCCUUCUGGCUUUGGGCUGUCAUGUUGGAAUGGCUGAUGAAAAGGCAGAAGAAAAUCUAAAGAAAAUCAAACUGGCUAAGCCGUACCUCAUGGCAAGUGGGUAUAAACCUGCUCCACUUGACCUCUCUCAUGUAAAGCUCACUCCAGCUCAGAAUACUUUGGUGGACAAACUGGCUGAAAAUGGUCACAAUGUCUGGGCGAGAGACCGCAUCCGACAGGGGUGGACGUACAGCAUUUUGCAGGACAUAAUGAAUAAGAGAAAUCCCCGCCUUGUCCCGUAUAAUCUCCUGGAUGAGCGUACAAAGAAAACAAAUCGAAACAGUUUGUGUGAGGCUGUCCGAACACUGAUUGGUUAUGGCUACAACAUUGAGCCACCAGAUCAAGAAACCACUGCCCAUGUUACAGGCAAAGGCCGCACUGAAAAGGUGCGGCUGUUUCGUGCUGAGAAGUCGUAUGCAGUGAAGAGUGGAAAGUGGUACUUUGAGUUUGAAGCUGUAACCGUCGGGGAAAUGAGGGUAGGAUGGGCGCGGCCUGACUGCAGGCCUGAUAUACCGCUGGGUGUUGAUGACCUUGCCUUUGUGUUUAAUGGAUUUAAGGGUCAGCGCUGGCAUAUAGGGAGUGAGCCUUUUGGACGUACUUGGCAACCUGGCGAUGUAGUUGGUUGUAUGAUUGACUUAAAUGAAAUGCACAUCAUGUUCACGCUUAACGGCGAGAUGCUAAUCAGAGACUCUGGUUCCGAGUUGGCUUUCAAGGACAUUGAAGUUGGCGAUGGGUUCAUUCCUGUGUGCAGCCUGGGACUUUCUCAGGUCGGGCGCAUUAACCUGGGCCAAAAUGUUAGCAGCCUGAGAUAUUUCACCAUAUGUGGUUUACAGGAAGGCUUUGAACCCUUUGCGGUAAAUAUGAAACGGGACAUCACCAUGUGGUUCAGUAAAAGUCUGCCUCAGUUUGUUCCUGUUCCCAGUGACCAUAGCCAUGUUGAGAUUACUAGAAUUGAUGGAACAGUUGACAGUCCUCCUUGUUUGAAAGCUUCUCAUAAAACCUUUGGAUCUCAGAACAGCAAUACCGACAUGCUGUUCUUCCGGCUCAGCAUGCCUGUUGAGUUCCACGACACUUUCAAGUGCACCCCUGGCACUACACCAUUGACCAGAAUGACAAUCCCAGAAGAAGAAGUUGAAGAUAUUGAUAUGGAUUCAGAGUUUGAAGUCCUUAAAAAGUCCGCCAGCCGAACUCAAACUGAAACACCUGCCAACGAGAAGGAGAACUUUAAGGAGGCACCUAAAGAACAGGCCAAAGCAGAGAAUGAUAAAGAUUCCUCCUCUGAAAAAAGUAAAUCCAAAACUAGGUUCUUAUUCAAAAAAAAGCCUGCCUUCAUUGCUCCUCCACCAGUUAUACCAACUGUCCCUCGCUUAAUAGAAGAUGUGGUGCCAGAUGACAGGGAUGACCCAGAAAUUAUUAUGAACACAACCACGUAUUACUAUUCCGUGAGGAUAUUUGCUGGGCAGGAACCAAGUGGUGUGUGGGUCGGCUGGGUGACCCCAGACUUUCACCAAUAUGACAGCAACUUCGAUUUAUCCAAAGUUCGCACGGUCACUGUUUCAGUGGGAGAUGUCCAAGGAAAAGUCCACGACAGCAUGAAGCGCAGCAAUUGUUACAUGGUCUGGGGAGGUGAAUUUAGUAACAACUCGCAGCAAGCAAGCCGGAGUAAUGUUGACCUGGAGAUUGGAUGUCUGGUCGAUUUGGCUACUGGCCUCAUGACUUUCACAGCCAAUGGAAAAGACAUAAACACCUACUUUCAGGUUGAACCAAGUAAGAAAUUAUUCCCUGCAGUCUUUGUGCAGCCUGCCAGUCAGAAUAUGUUCCAGUUUGAGCUUGGAAAGCUGAAGAAUAUUAUGCCCAUAUCAGCAGCUAUGUUUAAGAGUGAACGGAAGAAUACCACCCCUCAAUGUCCUCCCCGACUCGAUGUCCAGAUGAUCACACCGAUAGUCUGGAGUCGCAUGCCAAAUGACUUCUUGUUUGCGGAGACUGGACGCGUCAGUGAACGGCACGGCUGGAUGGUCGAGUGUGUUGACCCAGUUACCAUGAUGGCACUGCAUAUUCCUGAGGAAAACAGAUGUAUUGACAUCUUGGAGCUGUCUGAACGCAAUGACCUAUUGAAAUUUCACUACCACACGUUGCUACUAUAUUGUGCUGUCUGUGCAUUGGGCAACAACCGUGUUGCCCAUGCCAUUUGUAGCCACGUCGAUGAAUUUCAGUUACUCUACACCAUUGAGAACACGUACAUAUCAGGCCUUCUGCGUAGUGGCUAUUAUGAUCUACUCAUUAGCGUGCAUCUGGAGUCGGCCAAGCGAUCUCGACUCAUGAUGAACAAUGAGUUCAUCGUCCCUAUGACCGAAGAGACCAAGCAAAUCACGUUGUUUCCAUAUGAGAACAACAUACACGGCCUGCCUGGCGUGGGAGUUUCCACGUGUUUGAGGCCUCCUCUCCAUUUUGCAUCUCUGUCGUUUGUUGGCACCAGUGAUGAUCGUUACCAGUUCAGCCCUGAGAUACCGUUGGAUGUUCUUAAAACAAAGGCAAUUAACAUGUUGACUGAGGCUGUCCAAGAUGGCGGGCAACAUACGAGAGAUCCCGUUGGCGGCAGCGUGGAAUUCCAGUUUGUCCCAGUGCUAAAACUUGUGAGCACUCUCCUCAUUAUGGGCGUCUUUGAUGAUGAAGAUGUGAAACACAUACUGAAGAUGAUCGAACCUAAUGUGUUUGUCGAGGUCAAAGAAGAAAUCGAGAAAGCAGAAGCUGAAGACGCCAAGGAAGAACCGGUGCCGGCAGCCGCUGGGGAGGAGGAGGGGGAGGGAGAGGAGGAGGAGGUAAAAGAAGGAGAGAAAGAUGAACAAGAGUCAGAUGAGCCCAAAGAAGCUAAGACUGUGGACGGAGAAGUCGGCAAGGAGGAGGAGCUGGAGGAAGGACUUCUGCAGAUGAAGCUACCCGAGUCUGUCAAGUUACAGAUGUGCAAACUUCUUCAGUUCUUCUGUGACUGUGAGCUGCGACACCGGGUUGAAUCGAUUGCUUCAUUUGCAGAUAGGUUUGUUAACAGGAUGCAGACGGAUCAGCGGGAGCGCUACCGUGAGCUCAUGCUGUGCUUCAACAUGAGCGCAGCAGAGACUGCCAGGAAGACCAGAGAAUUCCGGUCACCACCACAGGAGCAGAUUAACAUGCUCAUGAAUUUCAAAAUGGGGCCAGAUGAAGAGAUCUGCCCUCUCCCAGAUAAAGUAAGAGAUGUAUUGCUCCACUUCCAUAGCAAGCUUCUCACUCACUGUGGCAUUCAAAUAGAAGAGGAUGAGGAAGAGGAAGAGAAGGACACCUCUCUCAAAGGGCGGUUAUUGAAUCUUGUUGAAAAAAUAAGAAACCUAAGGAAGAAAGAUGAGGUUGACGAAACUCCAGCUGAAGAAGAGAAGGCACCAAGUACGUUGCAGGAGCUGAUUUCUCACACCGUUGUUCAUUGGGCUCAGGAAGCCUUCAUCCAAAAUCCAGAACUUGUGCGGCUAAUGUUCAGCUUGCUGCAUCGACAGUACGACGGCGUUGGUGAGCUGAUCCGUGCUAUGCCAAAGGCCUAUAUCAUUAAUGCUACAUCUGUGGAGGACACUAUGAACUUGCUGGAAUGUCUGGGUCAGAUUCGCUCGCUUCUCAUUGUCCAGAUGGGUCCAGAAGAAGAGAGGCUUAUGAUCCAGAGUAUUGGAAACAUCAUGAACAAUAAAGUCUUCUAUCAGCAUCCAAACUUAAUGCGUGCUCUGGGCAUGCACGAAACUGUUAUGGAAGUAAUGGUGAACGUGUUGGGUGGUGGUGACUCCAAGGAGAUACGCUUCCCCAGAAUGGUGACAAACUGCUGCCGAUUCUUGUGCUAUUUCUGUCGCAUCAGUCGUCAGAAUCAAAGAGCCAUGUUUGAUCAUUUAAGCUACCUGUUGGAUAACAGCGGCAUUGGACUGGGAAUGCGAGGUUCUACUCCACUGGAUGUUGCAGCCGCCUCGUGCAUUGACAACAAUGAACUUGCCCUCGCUCUGCGGGAACCAGAUUUGGAAAAGGUGGUAACCUACCUGGCAGGAUGUGGACUGCAAAGCUGCCCUAUGCUUCUGGCAAAGGGAUACCCUGAUACUGGGUGGAAUCCUGUUGGAGGAGAACGCUACCUGGAUUUUCUCCGUUUUGCUGUAUUUGUCAAUGGUGAAAGUGUUGAAGAAAAUGCCAACGUUGUGGUGCGCUUGCUGAUCCGUCGCCCCGAGUGCUUCGGGCCAGCCCUACGGGGUGAAGGUGGUAGUGGUUUACUAGGAGCUAUUGAGGAUGCCAUCAAGAUUUCUGAGGAUCCUGCCCGUGAUGGACCAACAGUCAAGAAAGACCGUAGACGGGAAUACUUUAGUGAAGAAGUUCAUGAGGAAAACCGUGUGCACCUGGGGAAUGCCAUCAUGUCUUUCUACUCAGCACUGAUCGAUCUAUUGGGCCGAUGUGCUCCAGAGAUGCAUCUUAUUCAAGCUGGUAAAGGUGAAGCGUUAAGAAUUCGAGCAAUCCUGCGAUCCCUGGUUCCCAUUGAAGACUUAGUUGGUGUUAUAAGCCUGCCAUUGCAGAUACCUGCUUUCGGAAAAGAUGGCAACAUCGUUGAGCCUAAGAUGUCGGCUAGUUUUGUUCCUGACCAUAAAGCUCCCAUGGUGCUGUUCCUGGAUCGCGUCUAUGGAAUAGAAAAUCAGGACUUCCUUCUCCAUGUUCUGGAAGUUGGCUUCUUGCCUGAUAUGAGAGCAGCUGCCUCCUUAGAUACUGUCGCUUUCAGUACCACUGAGAUGGCUCUGGCUUUGAACCGAUACCUUUGCACUGCAGUUCUUCCUCUGAUAACCAAGUGUGCCCCAUUGUUUGCUGGAACAGAACAUAGAGCUAUAAUGAUUGAUUCCAUGCUCCACACCAUUUACCGAUUGUCCAGGGGUCGUUCACUGACUAAGGCACAGAGGGACGUUAUUGAAGAAUGUCUCAUGGCACUUUGUAGCUAUCUUCGUCCAUCAAUGCUGCAGCACCUGCUGCGUCGACUGGUGUUUGAUGUACCGAUAUUGAAUGAAUAUGCCAAGAUGCCGCUCAAGCUACUGACAAAUCACUAUGACAGGUGUUGGAAAUACUACUGCCUUCCAUCUGGAUGGGCAAAUUACGGUGUCACCUCUGAAGAAGAACUCCAUCUGACUCGGAAGCUCUUUUGGGGAAUCUUUGAGUCUGUGUCUCAGAAGAAAUAUGAUUCUGACUUGUUCAAGAUAGUCAUGCAGUGCCUCUGUGCAAUAGCUGGUGCACUCCCACCGGAUUAUGUUGAUGCCAGCUAUUCCUCCAAGGUCGAGAAGAAAGCUUCAGUGGAUGCAGAAGGCAACUUUGACCCAAAGCCUGUGGAUACAAUGAAUGUGAUAAUUCCUGAAAAAUUGGACCCCAUCAUCAACAAAUAUGCAGAGUAUACUCAUGACAAGUGGGCUUUUGAGAAGAUUCAAAACAACUGGAGUUACGGUGAAGUUAUUGAUGAAGAGGCCCGAACUCACCCUUGGCUGAGGCCGUACAAAACAUUCUCUGAAAAGGACCGAGAAAUCUAUAGAUGGCCAAUCAAAGAAUCCCUGAAGGCGAUGAUUGCUUGGGAGUGGACAAUUGAAAAAGCUGGCGAGGGAGUGGACAAAAGUGAGAAAGGAGAGAAGAAGGCUCGCAAGAUUUCACAAUCUGCCCAGGUGGUCUACGACCCCAGUCAUGGUUACAAUCCACAGCCACCAGAACUGUUGAACAUGACCUUGUCUCGCGAAUUGCAGUCAAUGGCUGAGCAACUUGCUGAAAACUACCACAACACUUGGGGUCGUAAGAAGAAGCUGGAACUGCAGGCCAAAGGUGGCGGAACUCAUCCACUUUUGGUGCCAUACGACACACUGACUGCUAAAGAGAAAGCUCGGGACAGGGAGAAGGCUCAUGAAUUGCUCAAGUUCCUGCAGAUGCAUGGAUAUGCUGUAACAAGAGGAAUGAAGGAUAUGGAAUUAGACACAUCCUCAAUCGAGAAGAGAUUUGCCUAUGGUUUUCUGAAGAAAUUGUUGCAGUGGUUGGACGUAGCUCAAGAGUUUGUUUUGCAUAUAGAGGCUGUUGUGAGCAGUGGAAGAGUUGAGAAAUCCCCUCAUGAGCAGGAGAUCAAGUUCUUUGUAAAGAUUUUGCUCCCAUUGAUAAAUCAAUACUUCAAGAACCAUUGUUUAUACUUCCUUUCUACUCCAGCUCAGCUCUUGGGCAGUGGAGGACAUGCCUCAAACAAAGAGAAGGAAAUGAUAGCCAGUAUCUUCUGCAAACUCGCAGCUUUGAUCAGACAUAGAGUCUCCCUCUUUGGUACUGAUGCUCCUGCAGUCAUAAACUGUUUGCAUAUUUUAGCAAGAUCUCUGGAUGCCAGGACGGUGAUGAAAUCCGGACCUGAAAUAGUGAAAGCUGGUCUGCGGUCAUUAUUUGAAGGCGCCUCUGAGGACAUUGAGAAAACGGUGGAAAAUCUGAAGCUCGGCAAAGUCUCACAGAGUCGAACCCAAGUAAAGGGAGUUGCCCAGAAUAUUAACUACACAACAGUGGCCCUUCUGCCUGUACUGACCUCACUGUUUGAUCAUUUGGCUCAGCAUCAAUUCGGAGACGACGUUAUCUUGGAUGAUGUCCAGGUUGCUUGCUAUCGAAUCUUGUCCAGUAUCUAUUCUCUUGGAACCACAAAGAACACGUAUGUGGAGAGGCAGCGUCCCUCUCUCGGUGAAUGUCUUGCGCGAUUGGCAGCUGCCAUGCCAGUGGCCUUCCUCGAACACCAUCUUAACGAGCACAAUGUCUACUCUGUUUAUAACACAAAGACUGAGCGGGAAAGAGCCAUUUUGGGUUUGCCAAACACCGUUGAUGAAAUGUGUCCAGACAUUCCAGAUUUGGACCAUCUCAUGAAGGACAUUAAUGAUCUCGCAGAGUCUGGUGCUCGUUAUACCGAGAUGCCACACGUUAUUGAAAUUACACUCCCUAUGCUGUGUAACUAUCUGCCACGAUGGUGGGAAUGGGGUCCUGACAACGUUACAGAUGAAAACCAAAUGCACUGUACAAGCAUCACCUCGGAACAUCUCAAUGCCCUGCUGGGAAAUAUUUUGAAGAUUAUAGUCAACAAUCUGGGUAUUGAUGAAGCAUCCUGGAUGAAAAGACUUGCAGUUUUUGCACAGCCAAUUAUCAGCAAGGCCAAGCCUGAACUGUUGAAAUCCCACUUCAUCCCUACCAUGGAAAAGCUAAAGAAAAGAUCGAAAAAAGUAGUGGCUGAGGAGGAUCAGUUGCGCAUGGAGGGCAAGGGAGAUGUUGUGGAAAGCGAAUUACUAAUCCGAGAUGAGUUUUCUGUUCUCUGCCGUGAUCUGUAUGCUUUGUAUCCACUGCUGAUUCGUUAUGUGGACAACAACAGGGCCAAGUGGUUAACUGAACCAAACCCCGAUGCCGAAGAGCUUUUCAGAAUGGUGGGAGACAUCUUUAUCCUGUGGUCGAAGUCACAUAAUUUCAAACGGGAGGAGCAGAACUUUGUGGUCCAAAACGAAAUCAACAACAUGUCAUUUCUCACCGCGGAUAGCAAAAGCAAGAUGUCAAAGGCUGGAGAGGAUGGACAGUCAGGAGGGUCUGACCAAGAAAGGACCAAAAAACAGAGGAGGGGCGAUCGUUACUCCGUACAGACGUCGCUGAUUGUAGCAACUCUUAAAAAAAUGCUUCCUAUUGGCCUAAACAUGUGUUCACCUGCUGAUCAGGAGCUCAUUAACAUAGCGAAGACAAGAUAUGCCUUGAAAGAUACAGAUGAAGAGGUGCAAGAGUUUCUCCACAACAAUCUCCAUUUGCAGGAAAAGUGUGAAAAUUCUUCCUCUAUGAGAUGGCAGAUGGCACUGUACAAGGACAUUGCUGGCAAAGCCGAAGAUAGCAACAAUCCUGAAAAGAUAGUGAAGCGGGUGCAGGAAGUCUCUGCCGUCCUGUUCCACCUGGAGCAGACAGAGCAUCCUUUCAAGUCCAAGAAGAUGGUUUGGUAUAAGCUGUUGUCUAAGCAACGCCGGAGAGCUGUGGUAGCAUGUUUCCGCAUGACCCCUCUUUACAACUUGCCAAGACCUAAAGUUAGCUAUCACUUCAUGAACGCCUAUCUGGAACUGUGGCUUCGCAGAGCGUGUGAGGAAACAGACUUUGCAAGUCUAGUAUACCUACUGAUGAAAUCGGGUGAAGAGGAAGAGGAAGAAGAAGAGGCAAAAGAGUCAAAGCCUGACCCACUUCACCAGCUGAUUCUUCACUUUAGUCGCACGGCUCUCACUGAGAAAAGCAAACUGGAAAUGGACCAUCUCUACGUGUCAUACGCUGAUAUCAUGGCAAAGAGUUGUCACAUUAAAGAAGAAGGUGAAGAGGAGGAAAAUGAAGAGGAUGCUGAACUUAGCUUUGAAGAAAAGGAGAUGGAGAAACAAAGACUUCUAUACCAGCAAUCCAGACUACAUAGCCGUGGUUCUGCUGAGAUGGUUCUACAGAUGAUUAGUGCAUGCAAGGGUGAGCCUGGUAUAAUGGUUUCCUCGACUCUAAAGCUGGGUAUUUCCAUCCUGAAUGGUGGUAAUGCUGAUGUCCAACAGAAAAUGUUAGACUACCUGAAAGAGAAAAGAGAUAUCGGUUUCUUCCAAAGUAUGCAAGCUCUCAUGCAAACCUGCAGUGUGUUGGAUCUCAAUGCCUUUGAAAGACAGAAUAAGGCUGAAGGCCUAGGGAUGGUCACAGAAGAGGGAACCAUCAUCAAACGUGAAAGUGAAGGCAAACAAAAGGGUUCUGGCGAGAAAGUGAUGUCAGACGAUGAAUUUACUCAAGAUCUGUUCAGAUUCCUGCAGUUGCUUUGUGAAGGACACAAUAAUGAUUUCCAGAAUUACCUGAGGACUCAGACAGGCAACACUACAACUAUCAACAUCAUUAUUUGCACCGUCGACUACCUGCUGCGCUUACAGGAAUCUAUCAGUGAUUUCUACUGGUACUACUCUGGAAAGGAUGUCGUUGAUGAGCAAGGAAAGAGGAAUUUCUCCAAGGCUAUGGCUGUGGCUAAGCAAGUGUUUAAUAGUCUUACUGAAUACAUUCAGGGUCCAUGCACCGGCAACCAGCAAAGCCUGGCUCACAGCAGGUUAUGGGAUGCAGUUGUCGGGUUUCUCCAUAUCUUCGCACACAUGAUGAUGAAGCUUGCACAGAUGCCUGAUAAUCGAGGAUCCAGAAAUAGCGAUUCCAGCCAGAUCGAAUUAUUGAAGGAGCUCUUGGACUUGCAGAAGGACAUGGUGGUGAUGCUGCUCUCCUUACUGGAAGGAAAUGUUGUGAAUGGAACUAUUGCAAAGCAAAUGGUGGAUAUGUUGGUGGAGUCAUCAAGCAAUGUUGAAAUGAUCCUAAAAUUCUUUGAUAUGUUCUUGAAACUGAAGGACAUUGUCGCUUCUGAUGCAUUCAAAGAUUAUGUAACUGACCCCAGAGGUCUUAUCUCAAAGAAGGAUUUCCAGAAAGCAAUGGACAGCCAGAAACAAUACACAUCUUCUGAGAUCCAGUUCCUACUUUCAUGCUCAGAAGCAGAUGAGAAUGAAAUGAUAAACUAUGAGGAAUUUGCAAACCGGUUCCAAGAGCCAGCUAAGGACAUUGGUUUUAAUGUAGCUGUGUUACUCACUAAUCUGUCUGAACAUGUCCCUCAUGACACAAGACUUAAAAACUUCUUGACAUUGGCAGACAGCAUCCUCAAUUAUUUCCAGCCUUUCCUGGGGCGCAUUGAGAUCAUGGGCGCCAGUAAGAAGAUAGAGCGCAUUUACUUUGAGAUCAGCGAGGCCAAUAAGACACAGUGGGAGAUGCCUCAGGUCAAGGAGUCCAAGCGGCAGUUCAUCUUUGACGUGGUGAAUGAAGGUGGAGAAUCUGAAAAGAUGGAACUCUUUGUCAACUUCUGUGAAGACACCAUUUUUGAGAUGCAGAUUGCUUCAAAGAUCUCCGAAGCAGAUGAAGAAGAGAAGUCAGAAGAAGAUGAAGAGGACGAAGAGGAUGCUGAAGGGGCAGAGACUGAGAAAAUAUCUUCCUCGGCUGAGGCACCAUCAGCCUUUGCAGGGUUCCUUAGCUCCAUUGUUGACUUUUUUAAAAUAUUUACAUUUAAAAACAUAAGGAAAAAGUAUAGGAAACUAAAGAAGAUGACAAUUAAAGAGAUUGUGAUGUCUCUGGUGUCCUUCUUUUGGACUUUGUUUAUGGGCAUCUUGCACUUUAUCUACAGUAUCUGUAGUGGUUUCUUCAUGAUAAUAUGGAAUACCUUAUUUGGGGGUGGCUUAGUUGAAGGAGCCAAACAUCUGACAGUCACGGAACUCCUGGCCAGUAUGCCUGAUCCCACCCAGGACGAAGUUCAUGCUGACAUUCCUGACAUUAGUAAGGCUGAGGCUGAAGGAACUGCAGUCCAGUCUGAGUUUGAAGACCAAGUGAAAGAAGAGCAAAUAUCAGAGAAGUCUGAUGUUAAGAGGGAAAGCAGCCAGCUAAGGAUGGGCCCCGAGUCCAACCUAGGACUUGGCGACAUUGUGGAAUCUGCGCAAGUCGAGCCUCCAACCCCAGAGGACACUCCACCUACUUUCAGAAAAGUGAGGCAACAGAUUGAAUCUCAGAUGGAAGUUAAGUCAGACGACCAACUCAAGACUGAGGCAGAGAAAGCAGACACGGAGAAUGGUGAAAAGGCCGAGAAGGACAUGAAAGAGAAAGAACUAGUAGAACUCCCAGAAGAAGAAAAGGGAAAGUCAGAAGAGAAAGAAAAAACAGAGGAAAAGGAACAUCCUGGGGAAACAGGGAAGGAAGUGGAAGAACAGGUGGAGAAAGAAGAAGAAAAAGAUGAAGCUACACCAGCGAAGAGGGCGAGGAAGAAAGCCAAGCUGGAGAGGAAAAAGGAGGAACCGGAAGCUGUCAUGGAGUUCUGGAUCGAGUUUGAAAACUAUAAGACCAAGCUUUUGAAUUACUUAUCAAGAAACUUCUACAAUCUUCGCUUCCUCGCCCUGUUUGUGGCAUUUGCAAUCAACUUUAUUCUCCUCUUCUAUAAGGUAUCCGCGGUCGAAGAUGAAGAAGAUUUUGAAGCAGCAGGCUUUGAGGAUGAUAUGAUAAGCACAGGUUUUGGAAAUGGAAAUGGAGAUGAAGAGGAGGAGGAGGAGGAUGAAGAUUCACUGGUUUAUUUCGUCCUUGAAGAGAGUACAGGUUAUAUGGCACCAACGUUAAAAAUCCUCUCAAUUCUCCACACCCUUCUCUCCUUCCUCUGUAUUAUCGGAUACAACUACUUGAAGGUUCCUCUGGUCAUCUUUAAACGAGAGAAGGAACUUGCCAGAAAAUUAGAAUUCGACGGUUCAUAUAUCACGGAGCAACCUGCUGACGAUGAUAUUAAAGGACAGUGGGAUCGACUCGUUCUCAACACACCGUCCUUCCCAAAUAACUACUGGGACAAAUUUGUCAAAAGAAAGGUAUUGGACAAGUAUGGUGAUAUCUACGGCAGAGAGCGUAUCGCAGAGCUGUUAGGCAUGGACAUGAGUGCAUUGGAUGUCACUGUGCCCCAAGAAAAGACACCCGCAGCCGAUAAUUCUUUUCUUUCAUGGAUCACAUCCCUGGAUAUCAAGUACCAGAUCUGGAAGUUUGGUGUGAUAUUCACUGACAAUUCCUUCCUUUAUCUUUGCUGGUAUUUGGUUAUGUCCAUCCUUGGUCAUUACAACAGCUUCUUCUUUGCUGCACAUCUGCUGGACAUUGCUAUGGGUGUCAAAACCCUUCGCACCAUCCUGUCCUCUGUAACUCACAAUGGCAAACAGCUGAUGAUGACUGUCGGGUUGUUGGCAGUCGUCGUGUAUCUCUACACAGUUGUGGCUUUCAACUUCUUCCGCAAAUUUUAUAACAAGAGUGAGGAUGAAGAUGAGCCAGAUAUGAAGUGUGAUGAUAUGAUGACAUGUUACCUGUUCCACAUGUAUGUGGGUGUAAGAGCCGGUGGUGGCAUUGGUGAUGAGAUUGAAGACCCAGCUGGAGAUGAAUAUGAGCUCUACCGUGUUGUCUUUGACAUUACGUUCUUCUUUUUUGUCAUCGUUAUCCUCCUAGCCAUCAUUCAAGGUUUGAUCAUCGAUGCUUUUGGUGAACUGAGAGAUCAGCAGGAGCAAGUGAAAGAAGACAUGGAGACCAAGUGCUUCAUCUGUGGAAUUGGCAGUGACUACUUCGACACCACACCCCAUGGGUUUGAAACACACACUUUAGAGGAACACAACUUGGCAAAUUACAUGUUCUUCCUGAUGUAUCUAAUUAACAAAGAUGAAACUGAACACACGGGUCAGGAAUCUUAUGUAUGGAAGAUGUACCAGGAACGAUGCUGGGAUUUCUUCCCUGCGGGUGACUGCUUCCGGAAGCAAUAUGAAGAUCAGCUGGGAUAACGAGUUGCAUUUUAAUAAUCCAUGAAUUUUAGCUAGUUCCUCAUCCUUUCUGCCAUAUGACAAAUGCUUGUAAAAAGAACAGAUAACUAAAGUGGAUUUUAUUACAUAUAGAAUUUUUUUAAACAAAGUACCUGAACCAGAUAUGUAAAUUGGAUAUGCUGCUUUUGCACACAAUAAUCAAUUACUGAGUCUUGAUCUAGAUUUAUACUUCAAUGUACAUUGAAAAUUCUUGAUAUUUUAGGUAUCUUUUUUGCAAACGGGGGAAAAAGGUUGGAUAAAAAAGUGCCUUAGCCUUGUCCUGAAAUAUUAUGUAAAGCAACCCUUCUUCCCUCUCCAUAAUGCCGGCAAUGGGACGUCCCAUUUCUGCAUUGUUAGGUAGAAGAACCAUUGUAACUGCAUACUAAUUUCAAUCCUAAUAAUUGAAAGAGCCAUCGACUUCAGGCAUUCUGUUUGCAAUAGUCACAGUGCUGCUUGUAACGGAGCACCCAAAACCUGUCUGUUUUCAUCAAAGGACAAAACUAAUUAGCGAAAACAGUACAUUCAGAAAACAAGUAUUUGCCUGUCUUUUUAACUCCAUAUCUAUAUGAACCGUUUUCCAAUGUAAGCCCUGAGCAUCUGCUUAUAAGGAACUGCCUGUGCAGCAACUGAAGCCUGGUGCAAGGGUUUGUCCAGAUAAAGACAAAUGCACUUGUAAAAAUACUUUUCAAAGUGCACUCUCAAAGCUUAAUUGGACAUGCUGCUUUUGCACACAAUAAUCAAUUAAUAAAUAAUCAAUUAUUGCUAACCUAAUUUAUUUUGUUGGAAGUAAUUAUAAUGGAACUUUUCAGAGCUAUCUUUAAUCAAAUACUUAUUUAAUUUGCUACUAAUGCCGUCUCAAAUGCCUGCCUAUUUCUUUCCUGUGCUCCGUUUGAGACAAGUUCUUUUGUCCAGCUGUGAUUGUUCCUGUAUUUAAGAGGGUGCUUUGGAAGAGCGAUUGUGCCUCUCGUGUAUGUGGAAUGGAUACGGUCAAAACACUGUUGGUAAACCUUUCAGAAUUAGUUUAAUGUUUCUUUCUUGUUCCCGAAUGGGUGAUUAUUGUAGCAUGUAACCACCUGUGUAGUUUGAAAUUUUCAUCCAAAUUUUGCUACAAGGACAGGAACGUAUUUUUACACAAGUUGAGUCUCUCUUGAUUAACCGUCCCUAAAUGUGAAGCAACGCUUGCAUUAAUCCAAAAUUUUUAAAGCCAAGCACUGAAAACUGGUCAUUAUUAAGGAAAUACAGAUGCAAACUUGGUAAUGUUGGUUCAGUUCCCAUGUAAGGCUAAUACCUCACUCUGUGGCUUAUCCCGCAUGAUGUUCUGGGCCAAACCUUCAGCCAUUUAGUUCCAAAACAUGUUCAAACAAUGCUGACUACAUUUCCAGAGCUUUAGAAAAUUGCAACAAAUUAAAUGGUGUGACUGCUUCAAAGAUGAUUGAAAUUAAGUUCACUUGAGUUUCCGACUAAAUAUAAAGUUUUCACUCAGGAGAAAUCAACUUGGUUCCUGUCUCCUUUAACACAAAAAUGUUGUUUGCCGUUUAAUUAUUGACCAUCUGCAUCAAGCAGAGGAAUAUAACUGGACUGUAAAACUGCCUUCUGAUGGGUUGAGUUGGAACUAUUCAGUUUAACUGGAUAGUGGUCUGUCAGUUUUUAUUAGUAUACAAGAGUGUGAGGGAACUAGGCUUAGGCUACAGUUCACACAAGUGUUACAAUGCUCUGCCUCUCCAAAUAAAUUGGUUAAC